AAUAGUGUAGACUCUUCCAACGUUGCUUAUUCACACAAACGGAACAAGAUAGAUAUAUAGAAGAGCCUUCCAUAUAUAGCCUCCCAAAAAAAUGAAGAGUACUACCUCUUUGGCUCUCUUUCUACUUUGUGCCCUAACUUCAUCAUAUCUGCCUUCAGCCACCGCUGAUAUUGUAUUCGACACCGAAGGCAAUCCUAUUCGAAACGGCGGCACAUACUAUGUGUUGCCAGUGAUAAGAGGAAAGGGCGGCGGAAUAGAAUUUGCCAAAACCGAAACAGAAACAUGCCCUCUCACUGUUGUGCAAUCUCCCUUUGAGGUCUCAAAGGGUCUACCACUGAUAAUUUCAUCCCCAUUUAAAAUCCUUGACAUCACCGAAGGACUUAUUUUGAGCCUCAGUUUCACUUAUGUACCCCCCUGUGCCUCAACUCCUUCUCGGUGGACCGUUAUUCUCAAGGGUCUGCCAGAAGAACUCCAUGUCAAACUCACUGGCUACAAAAACACAAUAGAUGGUUGGUUUAGGAUUCAAAGAGCUUCCUCUGAAUCCAACUACUAUAAGUUGGUGUUUUGUACAUCUAAUGAUGAUAGUUCGUGUGGGGAUAUUGUGGCUCCCAUCGAUCGUGAAGGAAACAGGCCUUUGAUUGUGACUCAUGAUCAGAAUCAUCCAUUGUUGGUUCAGUUUCAGAAAGUUGAAGCUUAUGAAUCAUCAACUGCAUGAGUUGGCCUUGAAAAAUCAUGCACGUGCUUUCCGGAAUUAUUCCGAUACUUUGGUUACUUGUAAGACCGAAUAAAUAAUGCUUUGGUUGUAAUAAAUUAUUAUUAUUAUUAUUAUUAUUAUUAUUAUUAUUAUUA